ACGCACGCACACACAAAGAGGCGCGCGCUUAUAGCUGGCCAUUGUCCUCCCUGCUAGCUUCCAACAGCCAUUUCAUCCAGCACUGCUUCCCCUUCUACACACACACCGUCCCUCCUUCCCAUGGCACCAACUCAAAGGAUCUGAUCCUGCUGCACCACCAGCACCUUCUCCCUCUGGAGCUUGGAGACUCUGGGGCCUAAGCUUCUCCCUCUUCCCUCCCUCUCCCUCCUUCCCCCAUGCUAAAGCAUCUUCCGGUGGAUGGGACCAAGAUGGCUUGAUUUCGGCUGCUACAGAAGCAGUUGGACUGGGGGGGGGCCUUGCUGGAGGAAUCUCACUGAAGAAAUGGACUGAGCCAAAGCAGAUCUUUGGGAACCGCUGGGAUUCAGCACAGACCCAGCUGGGAUGUUGAGUGAUCCAGUGCUUUGAGUUUCCCUGAUGAAACGGACCAGGGGAAGAUCUGAGGAGAUGCUGGCUUUUGCUGUAGGAAUGAACUAGUCUGAAUUUUUUUUUUCCCUUCUUAAGGGGGAGCAGGGGAGUUCCUGCUGCUUGGAUUUCAGAGUGGAAAUGGACUGAUCCAAGGGGGGCAUCUGGUAGGAGGAGAAUCUGCUAGCAGCCUGGAUUUUGCUGCUGACUGAUUGACCGGAGAGUCAAACUAGACCAGCUUGAAUUUCAUGGCAAAAGAAAUGAAGUAACCUUGAUUCAGACAUGGCAAACGGGGAUCAAUUCAGCCGGACGGACCUUGUAACCUGGUGGCAGACUCUAUACUCCAUCUCCACCAACCCUCCUCCUCAGCAAGGGCUGGUUCUGUCAUUUUCCUAAGCAUUAAUCACCAUGACGAAAAGCGGUAAAGGUUUGGAUCUGUCCUCCAGAUGCCACCUUACCCAGGCUGACUACGGAGGACAAUAGGGGGGCCAGGAUCAGGGCCUGCCGGAAGAGACCAAGGGGGAGGGGGAAAUCCCUUCGAGAUGACAGCUUCCCCAUCCCCAUUCCUUCCUGGGAGGAGGAAGCAGGACUGGCCCUGUCUCCAAGGCAACAGCUCUGGGGCAUCCCUAGCCAGCCUCCCUUGAGAGGGUGUGAGCCCUGAGCAGGAUAGGGCGGAUUGGGACGCAGGCUCUUAGCUCUCUCCCCCUCAACCAGCUGGUCCGGGGGUCAUCUCUACCACUGAUUUUCCAGACCAGAGGAGUGGAGAAGCUAAGGAACAUCCGGCAGGCAUUUUCAGGGAUGAGUCCCAACCAGAACUUGAAUCUCUGCUGGAAAAGCUGAUAGUCGUCCAUUCUUCCACCUUCAUCUUAGCAGACAUGGCCAACAGUGUCCCACCGAGCUGUGGUCUCAGCUCUGUGAAGUAGGAUGUAAUCCUUCCCAGUUUACUGAAAGAGCCUGAGAAAACAAGUGACCUGCCAAGCCCAUCAAAUAAUGCCCCCCUUUAGCACUGGAGUCAUGGGCCAUCACCGGGCACGUCACCGCUGACCCAGUUCCCCCCUUUCCCUCCCUCACCUAAAGAUGGCCAGUGCCAAUGAGACUGAAGAGGCCCACGGCUCUGCACCUCACGCAGCCUCCACCUAUGCCAAACUCCUGCUCCUGGGCCUCAUCAUCUGUGUGAGUCUGGUAGGGAACCUAUCCCUUUCGCUGCUGGUGUUGAAAGAGCGUGGCCUCCACAAGGCCCCUUACUACUUCCUGCUGGACCUGUGCCUGGCUGACGUGAUCCGCUCAGCUGUCUGCUUCCCCUUUGUCCUUGUCUCCAUCCGCCACGGCUCCGCCUGGACCUACAGUGUGCUGAGCUGCAAGAUUGUGGCCUUCAUGGCUGUCCUCUUCUGUUUCCAUGCUGCCUUCCUCCUCUUCUGCAUCAGUGUCACCCGCUACAUGGCUGUGGCCCACCAUCGCUUUUAUGCCAAACGCAUGACCUUCUGGACGUGCGUCGCUGUCAUCUGCAUGGUGUGGACUUUGUCGGUGGCCAUGGCCUUCCCACCCGUCUUUGACGUUGGGACCUACAAGUUCAUCCGUGAGGAGGACCAGUGCAUCUUUGAGCACCGCUACUUCAAAGCCAACGACACCCUGGGCUUCAUGCUCAUGCUAGCUGUGCUGAUCUUUGCCACCCACGUAGUUUACAUCAAGCUCCUUCUCUUUGAGUACCGCCAUCGCAAGAUGAAGCCCGUCCAGAUGGUCCCAGCUAUCAGUCAAAACUGGACGUUCCAUGGGCCUGGAGCCACUGGGCAAGCGGCGGCCAACUGGAUUGCUGGCUUUGGCCGCGGCCCCAUGCCUCCAACCUUGCUGGGCAUCCGGCAGAAUGCCCAUGCUGCCAACCGGCGUUUGCUGGGCAUGGAAGAAUUCAAGGCGGAGAAGAGGCUAGGCAGGAUGUUCUAUGUCAUCACUUUGCUCUUCUUGGUUCUGUGGUCACCCUACAUUGUGGCCUGCUACUGGAGGGUAUUUGUCAAAGCCUGUAGCAUCCCCCACCGCUACCUCUCCACAGCUGUUUGGAUGAGCUUCGCCCAAGCUGCUGUCAACCCCAUAGUUUGCUUUCUACUCAACAAGGACCUCAAGAAGGGCUUAAUGGCCCACAUUCCCUGUUGGAGGACAGAGCCCGAACUGCCCAGAGAGCCUUACUGCGUCAUGUGAGGAGUGCUAAGGGUUGGCUGGAAGGCAUCCGCCUGUGCCAAACUGAAUUUGGGUUUCAUUUGCUUUCUUUCUUUUUCUUUUUUACACAUCACAUGAGAUGCCAAAUGAUGGGUCGUUCUGCUCCCCCUGCAACCUUGGUCACGGUUCCCCAGAGUAAUUGGUGUCACAGAUGGACUUUGAUCUCUCAGUUAUCCCAGAGCAAAUAUCCAAAAUCACAUAUUAACUGCAAUGAGAUCAGAGCUGGAUUCUGGUCUCGGUCCCCCUGUGGUAAAUCCGGAGCUGUAUGAUGACAGUAACUGGUUCCCAGUGCUAUUCCAGCCUAUUUUAAGAAGAGAUACAAAAUACCCUGUGCUUUAUGGGGCGUUCUUGUUUUUUCUAGUUGCCAGUUGCCAUCAGAUCAUUUAAAUCCAACACCCCAAAAUAUCAUAGAACCAUAGGACCCCAAGCUUCUCAAUGUCUAUUUCUUUAAAUUAAUUUGGCAGCUCUAAAGAAUGCCUGGCAUUGUCAAAAGGGCCAGAGUUGGGUUUUAAGGUUGCUGUUCUCCCGGGUUUAUCCCCUCUUAUUAGAACAGAACCAGCAAGGGUUGGUUUAGCUUCAUUCCUAGAGGGUGGUAAUGGGAGCAGGGCUCCGAUGAUGGAAUGUGCUCCUAUACAACAUUAAUUUUCUGUUCCUAUCAGUCUGUCCAUCAACAAACAGAGUUUAAGGGGGCUGCAGGGGCAGGAAGGAUGGAGUAAGGGAGGACAGAGGAAAGAAGGCAGCAGACGCAGCUGUUCAAGGGAAUGCCAUAAAGCCAGCCGUGACUUAGCUCCUUGUCAAUCAGAAGCUGUAACCAGGGAGCCUUGGAAACCCCACCUCAGUUGCCAUGGCAGCAACCAAUCCAAGGCCCUGCAGACCAUGUCACCCUGGAACAAUGCAAGCAGGAAGAUGCAGGGUGGGGUGUGGGGGAGGAGGAACCGACCAAGAAAUCCUAGUGCCUUCCCCAGAGAGUGGGAGAAGAGAGACAUCAACGUGCAAGGCAGACAGUGGAGAGCAUCCAAGGCUGCAGAAAGAGUAGGGUGACUACAGAGGGAUAAUGAGCGAUGAUGUCAGUAUAGCACGUACCCUGCUAAAAGGAAAGGAAAAACAUCACUACUGCAGAGCUUAUCACACACACACACACACACACACACACACACACACACACACACACACACACACCAUACUCUUAUCUUCAUACAUUUUAAAUCCCACCACACAAGACCCUCAUCCCAGCCAUGGCAUGUCGUCCAAGAGCUAUUUGAAGCCUUGUUUUGAAAUACUUAACAGGCCAAGUACAGGAAGCUCACCCCUCCCAGAGUUACUGUCUCCUAUCUCUGGAUUUACUCCAGUGGACAAACUAAGACAAUAUGAAUCAGUGAUAACAACCAUCGUUGUCAGUGCUUUGGUUCACUGGUGCAAAGAGACAAUUGGAUGAUUAGAAAGAGACCUGAUAAUUCUAGAUCCCAGCUCUGGGAGGGAGUAAAGCCUGGGGGGUGGGAAUGGAGGGAUGAACAUUUGGGAGAAGGUGCUUUUCCUGCCUCUGGGAGGAAAGAGGGGUACUGUGGGUUUUAGUGAGUUUCAGAAUGAGAGGGGACCUGGGGGCCAGGACUCCUGGUUUUGUUUUAAUCAGAAAUGAUGAAUGGGACCUGAUGUUUAGAGCAGGAAAACCUGGGAGUCAGAGUGGGUGAUUGUGUUUUUCCACUGUGGAUGCCCAUCUGUAUACUCAUUGCUUUACCCCUCAGGCAGGAACUCCCUACAUUCAAAUCGAUCCAUCUCUAGCCAUAUUGUUUUAUUCCUUCUGAGAAAGGAAGGGUGGCACUGAGGACACCCUAACACCCUAUGACUGUUGUGGGCAUGAAGGGCUCCUUAUGGGGUGAGAAGGGAGAAAGGAUGCCAGAGGAAAGAGGCGCCUGGGAUGUGAUGCCACUCCUGGGAGUAUUGUGGAGGAAAGCAGAGCAGGUGUGGAGGGACUGAUCAGGGGAAGAACGGAAGGAAGAGAGCACAGCUGGGGAAAUGGAGGAAUCAGAGUGGGGGUGGGGGGAGGACACGGGGAACCAGAGGAGAGAGUGGUGAGGGGCUGGGGGCUUUCCCCCACUUUCCCCCCUCUGAAGGACCCUGACGUUGACUUUUGCCUCUCAAGACAAGACUGUUCAUCUGAAGCCCUGCCACCACAGUACGGCCUUAAUCAUUGGUCAGUGUUACGGCCACCCCAUGGAAAUCCAUAUUUGAAAAAUAUGGGCAAUGAACACAGAUUAUUUUCCAGAAUUCUUUUUCUGGAAAGAGACGUGAAUGAAAUGGAGGGAUUUUUUUGUUUCUGUUUUUUGUUUGGUUUGUUUGGUAAAGGGAAGUGAAUAAAGAAAUUGUGACUUCAGU